AUGACUUGGACCUUCAUCCAGGGAUUACUCUUCCUUUGUUUUCUUGGACAUGGAAUUGUGGGCAACGUCCUUAUCCUAGGGGGAUAUUUAUAUGCUUUUAUCAUGGGGCCCGAGAGGAAAUCUAUUGACCUGAUCCUCAUCCACUUGGCAUUUGCUAAUAUAGUCAUUGUUUGUACCACGGGAAACAGAGAUUUAAGCAAAUUAUUUCAUCUGGGAAUUGUCCUAGGUGAUGCUGGUUGCAAGAUUAUGAUUUAUCUGGGGAGGGUGGCCCGGGGCCUCUCCAUCUGCACCACCUGUCUCCUCAGCGUGGUCCAGGCCAUCACCAUCAGUCCCAGGACCACCUCCUGGAGAAAGCUCAAGCCAAGGUCUGCAUGGCAAGUGCUUCCCUGUCUCCUGCUCUCCUGGGUCUUCAAUUUCCUGAUCAGCUCUAACCUGCUCUUCUACAUCACAGCAGUCCAGAGCCCCAACAGCUCUGCACUUAGACCUGAUUUUGGACAUUGUGUUAUGCUUCCAUCUGAGCAAAUAGUGAGGUUGCUUUUCCUCACUCUGAUGACUCUGCGGGAUGUUGUCUUUCAGAGUCUGAUGGGCUGGAGCAGCGGGUACAUGGCCUUUCGCCUGUACCAGCAUCAUAAGUGUGUCCUUUAUCUUCAGGCCUCCAGGCUACAAGGAACUCCCAGUCCAGAGAUGAGAGCUACCCAGAGUGUCCUCAUGCUCAUGACCUGCUUCCUUUUCUUUCAUUGGGCAGAUUUCAUUUUCUCCUUCUACAUUGGCUCCUUCUUGACAAAGAGCGACAUCAUUUACUGUAUUAAAAUGGUUCUAACUUUUGGUUAUGCCAGUCUUAGCCCCUUAGUGCUGCUGAGCAGGGAUAUCCACGUGGCUAAAUGCUGGUGA